AUAAAAUCGAGAAAAAGUUCCACAAUCUUAUCAUUUUCAGCAACACAUCAAUGGCUAUCUCAACCUCCUUCUCCAACUUCUUCUCUUUCCUCUCCCCACAAACAAAGCCACAACCACCGCCUCAACUCCCUCUUCUCUCUCAAUUCCCAUCUCACCACAACAACCACCGCAACAACAGGAUAAUCCCCCUUGUUCUCAGCCGCAAUGAAACAGCCUCUUCUUCAAUUACAUCUUCACCACCGCCACCGCCACCGCCACCGCCACAAGACAUGUCUUCCGAUUUCACCUCAUCCUCCAUGUUCUCAACAUCCCACUACAAUGUUGAAGUUGUUCUUGAAGAUGAUGAGCCUGAAGAGAGAUUGCUUAAUCGGUUCCGUAGAGAGGUUAUGAGCGCUGGUAUUAUUCAAGAGUCUAAGAGAAGAAAGUUUUUUGAGAAUACACAGGAUGAGAGGAAACGUAGGAUUCGUGAUACUGCUAAGCGUAAUCGUAGGCUCAAGUUUCCCAGGCGUCCUAUGGAAGGGAGACCUCCGGGAGGAGGACGGUACAACAACUACAGGCAGGACGACGUUCCAAAACCUGUGAAGGAAGAGGAUGAUGAUGCCUGGGAUCUACCUGAAGAGGAUGUGCUAAAGUUUUGACCAUACAAUUCCUCACAUUCUGUAUGAUUCUUCACAUUUUACUGUGAGAGGCUUUGUUUGCAUGUGGGCUCUUUUAUGUGAAAUUAAGUACUUAGAUUCUACUAUUGUAUUGUUCUAUAUACAUUUCGUAUGAUAAUGAUAUUUAUAUUUAUAUAAUA